AUGCACUGUGAGAAUGAACUUGCAGAUCAUUAUCAAGCAAAUAGACAUCAGAUCAUCAAAUCCUCCCACAGGCAGGUGCAAGUAGAUGGAGUCCUCACUAUUAAGGAUGCCAAUCGCAAGAUCGCGACCUGUAGAGCAGAUGAGAUGAAAAAGAUGUUCAAUAAGACUCUUCAAUUGAUUGGAAUCAAAUCUACAAAAUCUACAGUCACUCAACCACAACAAGAUAAUUCUAUAGAAUCUCAACUUACAGUGGAUUCUACACCUUCUAAUGAAUGUGAUGGUGAUUAUUAA